AUGGGCGGGUACCUGCGCUUCACCAAGUACCAGCGGGCACAGCGGCUUCGGUCUGUUGAUGCCUGCUUUCAAGAUGUGAAGGAUACUAGAGUUAUUGAUAAUUUUGUGAUAGUUUCAUUAGUUAUUUUUAGAAUUAGUGAUAAUUUUUAUAUUGGCUCUCAGACUGCUCGAGGAGACCUACACGUCGGACGAAGUGGUGGAGCUGCUGGACUCCCUUGCCGAGGUGGUGCGGGCCGAGGUGGAGGGCGAGCUCAUCCACGCCACGCACACCAACUCCGUCCUCCUGUCCAACGUCUUCGCGCAGGCCCAGAAGUGGCACCUCGAGCUCACCGUCGACACUUCGAACCUCGAGAACCAAGAGCUCCUCGAAGACGUCCGCAAGUUCGAGGAGGCGGAGCUCAAGGGCGCCUCGGGAUCGACAAGAAGCCCCGCAAGGACCCUGGCGCCGCUCGGGACCAGGAGGGACCCACGGCGCUCCUGCACGCGGAGAUCAAGCGGCUGACGGAGGAGAACGGCGAGGUGAAGAGGAGGCUGGAGCUGGCUGAGAGCAAGGUCACCGACUUGGCCAAGACCAAAGCCGAGAUGUCUCUGACGCUGCAGACGACCAGCGACGAAUUGGGGCGAGUGAGGCAGACGAUCUCCUCGAGGCCCACCCUGGAGGAGGUGUCUGAGUUGUCCGACGAGGUGGAGAAAAUGCGGCUGGAGCUGAGCACGAAGGUCGAGGAGAAGGAAGCCACGCAGGAGCAGCUUCAGAGUGACCUCUCUCUCUCGAAGCAAAGGCUGGCUCAGGUCAAGUCCCAGCUUCAGUUGGCGGAGAAGGAACUGGAGAAGAAAUUUUCCCAGACGGGCGCUUACCAGAACAUGAAGAAGAUGUUAGGUAAUAAGAACGAUCAGAUAAAAGCACUCAGGAAGAAAUUAGAGAUAUACGAACCAUCAAAGGAGGACAUUAUCGAAGAAUAGAGAGAGAGGGAGGGAGAAGAGAAAGAA